AUGGGUGGAAAUGCAUUAAAAAAAGUUGUAACUCGUCGUUAUGCACGUGAUGAAUAUUAUGUAUUAAAAGAACGUAUAUUAAAUAAAAUUCGAGGAUAUAUUACUAAAUGUGAUGUCCCUAGAGAAUUUCCAUAUAAAGAAUCAUUUGGUGAUCUUGAUGUUCUUAUUGUAUGUCCACCUUCAAUAAAAAUUCAAAAAUUAAUUGAAGAUUUAUUUCAUCCAACUGAAAUUGUUCAUAAUGGUGAUGUUUAUUCAUUUGAUUUUGAACAAUUUCAAAUUGAUUUUAUUCUUGUACCAGAAGAACAAUAUGAUAAUGCAAUUGUCUAUUUUUCUUAUUCAGAUUUAGGUGGUCUUCUUGGAAAUAUAUGUCAUAAAAUUGGUUUAAAAUAUGGUAUACAAGGUCUUUGGAUGAAUGUACAUACGAAAGAAUUUGAUCCAACAACAACAUCAACAAAAUUAAUUUUAUCAACAAAUGUUCAACAAAUUUUUGAAUUUCUCGGUUAUGAUUAUGAACAAUAUGUAAAAGGUUUUGAGAAUGAUAAAGAAUUUUUUCAAUGGAUUAUUAAUGGAAAAUAUUUUCGUCGUUUCUAUUUUGAUGAAGAUCAGCUUAAUCAUGCUCAUCGACAACGUACAUCUAAACGUCCCAUUUAUAUUAAAUUUAUUGCAUUUUUAAAUGAACAACAAAUUCCAAAAGAUGAAAUAACUGAUGAUAAAAAUGAAUUUAUUUCUAAUGUUCGUCAACAAGCAUUAAUUUAUUUUGAUAAACAACAAGAAUAUAAUCGAGGACUUAAUGCACGUGUUGAAAAACGACAAUUUAGAGAGAAAUAUAGUGGAAAAUUUUUUACUGAUAUUAUUGAUGAUCGAAAAAAUAUGAUUCGUAUACAUAUGGAAAAUUUUGAAAGACGUUUUGGUAAAACUGAAGAUGAAUUUUUUCAAUGGGUACUUGAUACUGAUCCGGAAACAAUUAAACUAGAAAUAGAGAAAUUUAAAAAUGAAUUAAAACAAAAUCAGACUUGUUAA